GGCCCCGGACCCGCCAUAGAGAGGCACUACCGGAGAGGAGCCGCCGCCGCUUCCGGUGCCGGCCGCGCCGGGCAGCCGCCGGCACCAUAGAGAGGAGAGGCCAGGAGGGAGCCAGUCCGCACCGGCGCGGCCCGGGCCCGAGGCGGCCUGGCGGAGCCGCGGAGGCGGCGGCGCUGCUAUGGCCGUGGCGAGGCUGCUGCUGCGAGCGGGGCCGAGGCUGCUGCGGGAGCGCCGGGGCCGGGUAUCAGAGUGCUUGGUCAGAAGAACAGUUUUUGGCUGUCCCCUGAAUAAAGCAAGUUCUGGUCUGGUCCAGCAGGCUAAAGAUGCUGGUUUGAGGUUCUGCAGACCAAGAAGUUCCACAACAACAGCUGCUGAUGCCUCAGGAGAGGACACUGUGCUCAAAUGGGGCCUUCUCCUGGUCCCGGUGACCGCCUUCUGCCUCGGCACAUGGCAGGUUCAGCGACGGAAGUGGAAAUUAGAUUUGAUUGCCCAGCUGGCAUCAAGAAUUACAUCAGAGCCCAUCCCUCUGACAUUAGACCCUAUGGAGCUGAAGGAGCUGGAGUACAGACCCGUGAAGGUCCGAGGGCGCUUUGACCACUCCAAGGAGCUCUACAUCCUGCCCCGGUCGCUCGUGGACCCCGAGCGGGAGGCCAGGGAAGCCUCGCGGCUGACAUCCCACCCGGAGAACGGAGCCAAUGUUGUCACUCCCUUCUUCUGCACAGAGCUGGGGGUCACCAUUUUAGUCAACAGAGGAUUUGUACCUAAAAAGAAACUGAAGCCAGAGACCAGACUGAAGGGACAGAUUGAAGAUGAAAUUGAGCUCACAGGGGUGGUGAGGUUAUCAGAGAAGAGGAAACCUUUUGUGCCUGAAAAUAACGUGGAGAAGAACCGCUGGCACUACCGCGACCUGGAGGCCAUGGCCAGGGCGACAGGAGCUGAGCCCAUCUUCAUCGAUGCAGAUUUCAGAAGCACAGUCCCAGGGGGACCCAUUGGGGGGCAGACAAGAGUGAGCCUGAGGAACGAGCACAUGCAGUACAUCAUCACCUGGUAUGGUUUAUGUGCUGCAACUUCAUUCUUGUGGUACAAAAAAUUUGUUAAGAUCCCUCUGUGAGGGAAAGGCUGAGCACUUCUGCACUGCAGCCGAGAGCAGGCUUUGGAGGAGACAACAGCCUGGCCAGCUGAAGCACCCAGUUACUUUCAGGGCAAGAUGUGCAGCCAUUGAGGUGCAAAUAGACUUCAGACUGGUGCACACUGAGCUCCUGCCUGCAGCCUGCACUGCUGAGCUUCAGAAGUGCAAGUGGCUGUUUAGACUACAGCAGGAGUGAGCUGCACUGGAAAGCUCAAGGGUGCAGUUUUCUGGGGUGGUUUUAACUUCUGCACUGCUGUAUUUUCCUUAAAGACAGGCAGGGAUUUUGUGAAGCAGUCAUUCCUGAAGUCAGGAAUGGUCCUCAGCAGCUGCAGCAGAAUAAAGAGUGCAUCUUAA